UUUAAGUUUUAAUUUAUUAAACAAAAAAAGAGAGCAAAGUAAAAUGUCGAUUCCAGCUUCAAAAGUACACGAAGUACGAGAAAUUACUAGAAUAGAGCGCAUUGGAGCACAUUCUCAUAUACGUGGAUUAGGAUUAGACGAUAGCUUAGAACCUCGUAAUGUAUCCCAAGGAAUGGUUGGUCAAUUUUUAGCACGGAGAGGUACCGGUGUAAUUUUGGAAAUGAUUAAAGAAGGUAAAAUAGCUGGACGAGCAAUAUUACUAGCGGGUCAACCAGGAACUGGAAAGACAGCAGUGGCAUUGGCUUUAGCACAGUCCUUAGGUUCGGAUACACCUUUUACACUUAUGGCUGGCUCUGAGAUUUAUUCUUUGGAAAUGAGUAAGACAGAGGCUUUAACACAAUCAAUAAGAAAAUCAAUAGGUAUAAGAAUUAAAGAAGAAAGUGAAAUUAUUGAAGGGGAAGUUGUAGAAAUUCAAGUUGAUAGACCCGUCGCUGGACUAGGGGCUAAAGUUGGCAAGUUGACAUUAAAAACUACAGAAAUGGAAACUGUGUAUGACUUAGGCAGCAAAAUGAUAGAAUGUUUAAUGAAAGAGAAGGUCCAAGCUGGAGAUGUUAUAACAAUAGAUAAGGCUACGGGAAAAAUUAGUAAACUUGGACGAUCGUUCACGCGAGCUCGAGAUUACGAUGCAACUGGGCCACAAACUCGUUUUGUUCAAUGUCCCGAGGGUGAAUUACAAAAAAGAAAAGAAGUUGUGCACACUGUAACCUUACAUGAAAUCGAUGUUAUAAAUAGCAGAACACAUGGUUUCCUAGCUCUAUUUUCUGGUGACACGGGUGAAAUUAAAUCCGAAGUGAGAGAACAAAUAAAUUUAAAGGUAUCGGAGUGGCGAGAAGAAGGAAAAGCAGAAAUUGUACCUGGUGUAUUGUUUAUUGACGAAGUACAUAUGCUAGAUAUCGAAUGUUUUUCAUUCCUUAAUCGUGCGUUAGAAAAUGAUAUGGCGCCGGUAGUAAUUAUGGCGACAAAUCGAGGUAUUACAAGAAUCAGAGGAACUAAUUAUAAAAGCCCUCAUGGAAUUCCAAUUGAUUUAUUAGAUCGUAUGAUAAUUGUUCCAACUGUUCCUUAUCAAGAAUCAGAACUCAAAGAAAUUUUAAAAAUAAGAUGCGAAGAAGAAGAUUGUGAAAUGUCUAAUGACGCAUUGUUAGUGCUUACUCGUAUUGCUCUUGAAACAUCUUUGAGAUAUGCGAUUCAAUUAAUUACAACGUCAUCACUCAUUUGUCGAAAAAAUAAAAAUAUAGAAAUAAGUGUCGAAGAUGUGAAACGUGCAUAUACAUUAUUUAUGGAUGAAAAUCGAUCGUCACAAUUUUUAAAAGAAUAUCAAGAUAACUUUAUGUUCUACGAAUCGAGAGAACAAUCGAUGGAGCUUGCUUAAUAUAAACAUUUUUUACAUAAGAUUAAUUUUUGUUAAGAUAAAAAACAAAUUUUGACUA